AUGCUUCUUCAGAUCGAGCAGCCGAACCCCACCACAGGUCACGACGUGUUCAUCAGCUUCAGGGGCUCCGACGUCCGGGACAGGUUCGUGGCUCAUCUCCGCGCGGCCCUCCAUAGAGAAGGCGUCACCUCGUUCCUGGAUGACGACUCUCGCCACCUGCCACGCGGCGAGAAUUUGGAGGAAGCGAUCCCACGGGCUAUCGAGCGGUCGAGGAUCUCGGUCGUCGUUCUCUCUCGCAACUACGCCACCUCGGAAUGGUGCUUGGACGAGCUCGUCACCAUUAUGAGGUGCUGUACUGGCAAUAGUACUGUGGGCAGCCGCGCCAGCCAGGUGGCUAUCCCAAUCUUCUACCAUCUGCCGGAGGAGCUCUCCGGCUGCUACCAGAAGGACCUGGAUCGACACAAGCGUACGCAUACUUAUGAGAGAGUUGACGGCUGGCUUCGGGCGCUUGAUUGGGUCGCUCGUAUCGCCGGUUGGGUCGUUCCGGCAGCUGGCCGGUCGGAAGCGCGGCUUGUGGAGAAAAUUGCAAGAGCCAUAAGAUGGAAGAUGGAUCAUAAACUUGUUAUGAUGGAGAGAGAUCCGUCAGCAGAUAAUGGGAGGAACCAUAUGAAUAUGCGCAUCAUAACAAUUGGAGGAGCAACAGUGAUGAUAAUUGUAAUCAUUGCGGAAAAAAAUGAGUAG